AUGCCCGAACAGUUGACUUUGUACCUUAACAAGCUCUCGCCCUAUAGCCAGAGGGUCGAAAUGGCUCUUAUCGAAGCUAGUGCACCCUACAAGACGUACGAAGUCGAUCUCUGGAACAAACCAGAGUGGUUCGCUGGUAAAGUGAACCCCAUCGGCCAGGUGCCCGCUGUGACAUACGGGGGACCCGAUAUCGAUCCCGAGAAUCCAUCACCCCUUUCCGCUAAAAUUGCAGAAUCGAAUGUCAUCCUCGAGUUCGUGGCGGACCUGUAUCCAGACUCUGGCCUCCUGCCGAAGGAUCCUGUCCUGCGUGCCAAGGUCCGUUUCUUCAUCAAUGCGACUACGAAACUCGAGGGUCCGCUUCAAGCCUUCAUCCGAGGGCAAGAGUCAUAUGAGCACAUCCUGAAGGAGAUUGAAUUUAUCCAAGGACUUCUCGAAGAUGGUAAAGAUUUCGCGGUUGGAGAUCAUUACACCAUUGCAGAUGUGUCCAUCACUCCGUACCUCGCAAGGCUCAAGGUCAUCAUCGAAAAUGACACAGGUAGAUACUCACACCUGUUCGCCAAAUUUACGACAUACGUCGAGCUAAUGCUGGAGCGUCCGAGCUUGAAACAAACCAAUGACGAAAAGACUUUCGCGGAGCGUGUACAGUGA